CGCCGCCUCUGCAGAGCUAGACUCUGAGACUUGGAGUAGAUCACCACUUAGAGGCGCGCUCAGUGUGAACUUGAGCUUGACCCCCGCACCCCCUGAGCCUCUGAUCGGACUGAGUACCUUGAGCAGAAGAAGCCACCUUCCCACCCAAUCCACCAUGAGAGUCCUGCUCACUUCUCUGCUUCUGUGUGUACUGGCCUUGGGCUGCAGAGCUUGGAGAAAACGGGAGGAUGCAUCUGACUCAUCGGACUGUGGCUGCUUGAAUAAUGGCAAGUGCAUAUCCUACAAGUACUUCUCCAAGAUUCAUCGCUGUUUCUGCCCAGCAAAUUUCAUUGGGGAGCACUGUGAGAUAGACAUUUCACAGAAAUGCUAUGAAGGUAACGGUGACUCUUACCGAGGAAUGGUCAACCAGGACAUCUGGGGCAAGACUUGUUUGAAGUGGAACUCACCCCUCUUGGCCUCCCAAAAGUACAAUGCCAACCGACCAGAUGCAGUACAGCUGGGUUUGGGGAAGCACAAUUACUGCAGAAACCCAAACAACCAGAGACGGCCGUGGUGUUUUGUGCAGGUUGGCAGGAGUCGGUUUAUGCGGGAGUGCAAGGUGCCACAGUGUCCCACUGUCAAGGACACAGAACAAGGAGGCACAGUCAAGGACACAGAACAAGGAGGAUUCCAGUGUGGCCAAAAAUCAAUGACUCCCCGCUUCAAGAUUGUUGGGGGAAACAGAACACCCAUCGAGAGCCAGCCUUGGUUUGCUGCCAUCUACAGGAGCCACUUAGGGGGCAGCUCUUCCUUUAACUGUGGCGGUGCCCUCAUCAGUUCCUGCUGGGUGGUCAGCGCUGCACACUGCUUUCCUAAACUUAAAAAGGGGGAGAGCUACUUUCUGUACCUGGGCCAGUCAAAGCGUAACUCUGAGAGCCUUGGAGAGAUUCGGUUUGAAAUUGAAGAGCUAAUUUUACAUGAGAAUUUUAGCACCGGAGCCAUCGCUUAUCACAACGAUAUUGCCCUGCUAAAGAUCCGUUCCACAGCUGGUAAAUGUGCAGAGCCCUCCAGAACUGUGCAGACCAUUUGCCUCCCCUCAGCACAUGAAGAUAUCCCCAUUGGCAGUGAGUGUGAGGUCACUGGCUUUGGACUGGAAGAACAGAAUGACUACCUCUAUCCUGAGUACCUCAAAAUGGCGGUUGUCAGGACAAUUUCAUACAGGCAGUGUCGACAACCUCACUAUUAUGGCUCUGAAGUCACCCCCCAAAUGUUGUGUGCUGCCCAUCCUGAGUGGACAUCAGAUGCCUGCCAGGGAGAUUCAGGUGGACCUCUGGUCUGCCCCGUUGAUGACCAUAUGACUCUGGCUGGCGUUGUGAGCUGGGGCCUUGGCUGUGCCGAAAAGAACAAGCCUGGUGUUUAUACUCGUGUCUCUCACUUCCUACCCUGGAUCCAGGCCCACACAGGUCUUCCCAGUGCCAUCUGAGGAGACCUAGGAAGCUUAGGAAGGAGAAGGCCAUGCUACUCCCUCUUGCCCUGAUGUCAUCAUUUGUGCUACGGAGCCAUCUCUAUCAGGCAUAAAGACCCUGAGAAGACAUUCUCUAGAGCGAUGUUCUCUAUAUGUGGACUUCCUGCCAAGGAAUACAAAAACAGAUUUAACCUUCAGAUUGGGGCAUAGGCACUAGCUAUCUUGGACCUCUUGGCCAAGAUGGGUGGAUGGGGGGGAGGGGUAGGUGGUCACCAGGGUCAGAGGCAGAUGUUUUAGAGUUUUCACAGAGAUUUUAGGCUCAUAAGAAGAUCUGGUUACUUACUAAUGGUGAAUCCCAAACUGUAUCUGGAGAAGAAGUCAGUGGAACAACCCGCCUUCACCAUGGAGCCCGAGUCCAAAUGUUUGCAAAAUACAAUUAUGAAUUGAACUCUGAACUCAGGGCCCUGAGUUCAUGGGACUAUGGCCAGUGUGGAAAUAGACAUCAGGGGUGGGGAACCUAGUGAGAUAAUGGGAGGGGUCUAUGUACCCCCAGUGGACUAGUUGGGAGGUAGAAUGUUUGUGUCCCUCUGCCCAUGGCUUUGAAUGUGACUAUCUGUGUGAGCACUGAAAUGUUCUUUGGUCUUGGGAUGUGGGCAUGCACCUGGUGCUUCCCCCGGAGACAGUCCCAGUCUUACCCCUGCUCUCCUGAGGUGCCCUCCUCAAUCCUGUUAUGAGUGGAGCCAGGAUGACUGUGACCGACACUGAAUGUCUAGGUUUCUCCCAAAUCCUUAUUCCUCUUCGAUAAUUACCCUCCCUGCUUAUCCAAAUCUUACUAUGUAACAUGAGGGCCGGCCCCUUGGACUGGAUAUUUAAUAAUUAUUUUUGUUAU